CGCAGGCGCAGUGGAGCGCGGCGGUGCGCUGAGGUGGACUUCUUUUCCUCUGUCUGUUUGGAAGAAGCGGUUCAGGAGCCGGAGCUCAGCGAUAAAGAAACGUGUCAGACAGCCGCUCAGAAGCCACGAUGAUCCGGAUAACUGCCUUCCUGGCCCUGCUGGUGGUCGCCUGCUCGGGAGAGACCUGCACCGACCCAGUGAUCACCCCCUCGGCCUACACCACCUCUGACGCCGUCAUCUCCUCAGAGUCUGUGUUCAUCGUUGAACUCAGCCUGGCCUGUGCCAACGGAGCACAGAGUGUGACUCUGUAUGCUGAUGUCAAUGGAAGACAGUUCCCUGUGACCAGAGGCCAGGAUGUCGGAAAGUACCAGGUGUCCUGGAGCCUUCCUCACAAACAGGCCAGCUCGGGAACAUAUCAGGUCAAAUUCUUUGACGAGGAGUCCUACAGUGCCCUGCGCAAGGCCCAGAGAAACAACGAAGACGUAAAUGCCAUUCAGCCUCUGUUCUCCAUCAACAUUGACCACAGGGGUGCGUGGAACGGCCCAUGGGUGUCCACUGAGGUGGUGGCUGCCCUCAUCGGUAUCUUGUUUUACUACAUGGCCUUCAGUGCCAAGAACACCAUCCAAGCAUAAUGGGACCCGCAGUCACUGGGUGUUUAAAGACUGAAUUGUGGAGGAUCAAUGAUUCAUCAUCCAGUGUUGUGGCGAGCCGGAAGGAUUUUGCCACUUGAUUUGCGGUGGGAUGAGGAAUAAGAGGAGCGGUCUUUGUGUUGUUUUAUUCAGACUGUGUCUGUAUGCCAUCUGUCUUAUGACUUAACAGUUUUUGCAGGAGUUUGUCCUGUCAGUAUGGAUGGAAUUUUGUAAUUUUUUGGGGUUAAAUUCAGACUAAUAAACUUGGACCACGUGAACAAAUACAA